AUGGCCGACCAGCAUUCUUCCAGCGAUUCGCCAUCCGACACCCGUCAUUCGGAUGGACCCGGCUCAAGCUAUCGCUACUCUGAUAGCCAAUCCGACUGUUCUGGUCCCGACUCUGAUAUCCACUCCGACAGUGACCGGGACACUCACAUCCACGGUUCUGAUCACGACUCUGACAUGAGCGUGGAUACGGUUAUUAUACCGAGUCAAUUAUCCAACUCCGACAGGGACGAGAAUGAUGGUCUUCAAGUUGAAGCUGUCAACAGGGAUGCUGGUGGCGACCUUGCCGACGGUGUUGUCAACCUCCCCGGGUCAAGAUCAGUGCGGUAUCAAGGGUACUCCUACUCCUAUUACCACGGAGACGACACAAAGCAUUACCGCUGCAGCGUUUAUCGACGGACCAAGUGCAACGUGAAGCUGUACGUGACGCAAUUGCGUGCGGUGGUGCAAGGGACCCAUAAACCAAAUUGCGUCCCAGAAAUGCGUCAAGUUCCGUCGGGGCCACCAACAAUUUUCGUCAACUGGAAGCAGCAAAUGCUGCUUGCGACGGACCAAAUUGGGAUUCGAGAUGUAACGUUACCCCCGAACGAUGCGCGACCAAAAACCAAGUUUUGGGUCGUUUGUACAGGACCAGAACUAAACAUUUUGGUCGCGACAUUUCGGGCGCCUGGAGAUGGAACUACUUUGCGACGUGAAGAAUUUGGCUGGUCUCAAGUUUUCCAGUUUCACUAUGCGUACUACGAAGACGAAGUCCUACAUCGCAUUAUUGGGUGGGCGCAUCCGCAGAUAAUGGACUGCAUCAAGCAACGACACUGCUCCAUCUUCAUCGAUGCCACCUACCGAUGUGUGCCUAUUCGUUUUUACCAGCUGGUAAUUUUGAUACUCUACGACCCAAUUUCGGACCUGUAUCUCCCAAUUUGGUACGUGUUAAUUACGGGGAAUCCAUCUCAAGUUUACGAGCACUUGCUGCACUCAAUUUUCGUCGCAUUCAAAAAGAAGUUACACCCAACUCACGUGGUGUUUGAUUUUGAGUACGCACUCAUCAAGGCCGUCAAGACCCAGUUUCCUGAUUCUACAAUUGUGGGCUGUGAAUCUGGCUAUGAUUGA